GAGGGUUUCCCAGGCUGAGGUCCUUGUGUCCACAGCCUUAAGACGUGUAGCCCAGGCUGCAGUGGCCACUGCUUUCUGACCCAGGCAGCAGCAGCAGUAUGGGAUUUUGGGGCACCUACCUGCUCUUCUGCCUCUUCUCCUUCCUGUCCCAGGUCAUUGCAGAGUCACCCACUCCCAAGGCCAAGAAGGCUGCAAAUGCCAAGAAAGAUUUGGUGAGCUCAAAGAUGUUCGAGGAACUCAAGAACAGGAUGGAUGUCCUGGCCCAGGAGGUGGCCCUGCUGAAGGAGAAGCAGGCCUUACAGACUGUGUGCCUGAAGGGCACCAAGGUGAACUUGAAGUGCCUCCUGGCCUUCACCCAACCGAAGACCUUCCAUGAGGCGAGCGAGGACUGCAUCUCGCAAGGGGGCACGCUGGGCACCCCGCAGUCAGAGCUAGAGAACGAGGCGCUGUUCGAGUACGCGCGCCACAGCGUGGGCAACGAUGCGAACAUCUGGCUGGGCCUCAACGACAUGGCCGCGGAAGGCGCCUGGGUGGACAUGACCGGCGGCCUCCUGGCCUACAAGAACUGGGAGACGGAGAUCACGACGCAACCCGACGGCGGCAAAGCCGAGAACUGCGCCGCCCUGUCUGGCGCAGCCAACGGCAAGUGGUUCGACAAGCGAUGCCGCGAUCAGUUGCCCUACAUCUGCCAGUUUGCCAUUGUGUAGUACAGCCGCUACUAGCCCAGCCCGGAGCGGAGGGGCUGGGCCUGGGCCAGGGAGGGGUGUGAACCACAAAGAGCAGAAGGCUGUUGAAGGGUGGGGCUUGUGAGCUUGCUAUAUGGGCGGGGUGGGGUGGGGGGGCGUUGGGGCUGAGCUGAACAUUGGUGAGUGGGGCGGGCCUGGUGGUUCUCAGGGAGAGACAAGUUGUUGCAGGGCCCAGAGGGGCGGGGAGACCUUCUGUUCCUCUCUCUGCUUGGUUUUUGCAAAUAAAGUUGGUGCAGAAUUCCUGAA